AUGGACGAUGUUGUUAUUACGAUAUUUGAAAAGAUUUCAAAUCUUGCAGCCAAAGCUUACGAAGCUUAUAAAAACGUAAAAUACUUUAAAAAAUUCUCCACCGAGAUAUAUGAUAGAAUAGAAGCAGGGGCGCAUCAUUUUAAAUAUCUGCAAAGACAUGAGAAAAAAAUCAAAGAAAAAUUUAGGGAUAAAGAUUCUAUUACCAACCUUCAACGUUACGUCAUUGCAGUAACUAGUCUUACAAAUUUGCUUGUUGAAUUUUCAGAAUUACACCAAUUAAAGAAAUACUUGAAUUCGUUAAAUUAUAAAGACAAAAUUAUUGAAAAAAUAAAAAGAUACGAUGAAACCAUCCGUGAUUUAAAUCUGGAGGUCAGUCUAGAGAAUCUUGAAUCAGUUGAAAACUUGAAUCUACUAGUUGAAGAAGGAUUUAAUGAAGUAUCCCAGACAAUGAAGUCGAUGAAAGAUAAUAUGGACAAUCUAGGAAAUAAUAUGGAGUUUCUAAUGGAGAUGGUUGCUGGGGUUAACAAAAGUAUUAAAGAAUUAAGCAAAAAAACAGAUCAAUCUGAUUUCAAGAAAAAUGAAUUCUCAGAUAAAGUUUUCGAUGGUUAUAAAUUAACAGAUCCACCAUCAGGUGAGGAUUCAAGACGUGCUUGGCAUAAAAAACUUGAGUCCCGUCCAAAUAUGCCAGAUAUUCUUAGAAUAUUGGAAAAGUUAUACAAAAAACAUUAUUUUACAAGAAGCAGGUCAUACUGUGAGAAUACAAUUGAUGGCAGUCUUGAUGAUUAUGAUUAUGGUUUUGAUGUUACUAAUGAAUUCAUCAAGAGUGAUACUUGUGAACUUGAUUUCAAAGAGAUUGGAACAUCAACAAUACUCUAA